AUGCCUGCUAGGUUCAGCGCAACGGUACUGAUUGUUAUCGCUCAGCUCACGAACGCGGCACCUAUGGAGUCACCAACUGAGGUGGCCACACGCAGCUCAUAUGCUUCACUAACAAUGAAUGCAGGCCAUGACAGCGUCUUGGUCAAGCAAAACUUGAGGUCCAAAAUGAACGUGGCAAUGAAGGACGAAACUAAGACUAGUGACGAGCGAAUGAAUGCCGUCCGGAACAUUGUUAGCGACUUGGAAUCAAAAGCGGUAGACAUUUUUGAAUCUCCAAAGACGAUGGAGUGGUGGAAGGAAUAUGAAAUUAAUGCGAAGGGAUUGUGUGAUGUCCUCGGUUUACCAGGGGAGGGCGGAUCUAUAGACAAGCUUUUUGAAAAGUUGGAGUUCUUCAUGUUGGAAAUUUUGGUACGGGCAAAAACUUACAACAGGUUACACAUGUUAUUCUCCUACGGAUCCAUUGAGCUAGCUACUUGGAUGAAUAUCUACGACGCGUUAAGAGUCAGGAUAGGCGAGCUUGAUCUUGCAAGGCUGAUUCAAAAAGAGUCCGAGAAAGGUAAUCCCUCCGAGGUGGUGCAGCAGCUGCAAAUCGAAGAAAGUCGGCAUUGGUUGGGGCUAGUCCUCCGCGGACAUACACUCUUCUCUCAUCUUGCACCGCACCCAGCCUCGGCCAUGGACAAAGAUCUUACACACGAUAUCCACAAAAUUGUGGCGAUGCAUGAACACCUAAUUACGACAGGUCAAGUCGAGUAA